CUGUUGUGUUCUAAAGGUCAUGCGUACUCAGUACGAAGUAAACAAGAUGGCGGCUCGACUGAGGAGUGCGUUUCGAAAUGUAAACCGUAUAAACAACAUGUUUCUACCGCAGUUUGAAAAUUUAAAGCAAAGAAAACUGGGAAGGUCAGCUUAUAAUGUCUUCACAGAUUACAAGCUGGUAUUUCAGGAUCUGUACCAGUAUACAAAAGCAAAACCCUUCCGUUCAGCUUGCACCUUAGCAUCCCUCGGAGGACUUUACUACGUUUACGAACAAAAUCCAGAUGUGAAUUCGUAUGAAGAUGCUGUGCUAGAAUGCUCUAAUGAACUGCUACAGAUCAGCCAUUUGAUAAGGAAUCCAAAUUCGGACAGUUACGUGCAGAAUAUUCUGAAAUAUCGCAAUCAGGAAAGGUUACAAAUACAAACUUUUGGAUUUUUGUCUGUCGUUUAUGUGACUGAGUUUGGACCUGGCUGUGAUUUGUACGAAAAACACUGUGCAUAUGUCCAGCCAAGAUGGAAGACAUUCCUUGAGCGUGUGAUCGACGUUGGAAUUUUAGGACAUUGGUACUUUUUGGAAAGGGCAAUGAAAGAUUUUGAUGUUAAUGAAGCUGAGCUUGCGAACUGUCCACCGGAUACUGAGUAGAAAUUGUCGCCUCCUUCUCGCGUCAUGUGACAACCGUAACGAUGUUUGGCGAAAGAGACCAGAUACUUGGUUUGUAAAAUGGAGACCAAAAAAAAACAUCAUUGUGACAUUCAAUUAUAUUAUUAAAAAAUGUUGAGAUAAAAAAUUUAAUAUUUAAUUUAGCCACCAAAAUAUAAUUUCAUCAGAACUCUGGACUCACUCCUUUGGACUUCUUUUAUUUUUUUAUUCCAGUUUCUCUUUCUCAAAAUUUUAAUAAAUCUUCUGUUUUUCAUUGUGAAGGACUUAGUGGCCUAAUGAUCAGUGCUUUGGACUCUAGGUGGAGAGGUCUGGGUUCAAGUUCUGGCCAAGUCCCUGUGAUGUAUUCUUGGACAAAACCCUUUACUCCCACAAUGCUUUUCUCCACUCUGGACCCAGUUGGUUCACAGGCCAAUUAGUAUUAAUCCAGGGUGAAAUUUUAAUUCAGGUUUCUUUAUUAUUUCGUUUAAGUACCCUUUUUUGGGGAUAACUUUCUCCAUUCUUUUUAGAACGUUCAAUAAUCAAAUUGUGAGAAAGCUUUUUUAUCUGAAAUCAGAAUUCACACUAACCCUGGGUUAUCUUGACCCAGCUUUGAACAACACAGCCCAGGGAUAUAAAUGGGUCCAGGCAAGUUAUCAGGGAAGCCUCAUGAAGAGCAAGGGGGAGCAACCGUGGAAACCAAAAUAAGCUCUAACUACAUGAAUCACAUAACAGGAGUACAGACUUCACCUACUCUACCUUUACUAGUCUUUGUUGUAGCUGAGAGUUGCCUCAUGAAUGAGGUCUAGAUAGACAAAUUACACAGAGUUACCUCAACCAGUACUGUACAAGUUGUUUGAAGUUGAGUUAUGUAUUACCCCACUACUGCACCACAUUUCAAAUGCAAGUGUUGACCUAAAACAAGUUUCUCCUUACAAUGUAGGUAUAGGAUGAGCAGAAAGGUAAUGAGAAAAAGUUAAAUUGAGAAGUUGACAUUGUUUGACUUACUGCACCAAAUUAUUAGAGCUACAAUUGUGAGAAAUGUAAGGAGAUAGUGCAGAGAGUUGAUAUUUUGGUCUUGGGAGCUUGUACGUCUGACAAUUUCCUCAUGCUUGA